AUGCCAGUGCCAGACGACCACCGCCAGCAACCCAAAACCACCGCCGCCCACGAUGCCUCCUCUUCUUCCUCACCCUCGUCGAACCGCACCGGCUCCAUCUUCCACUUCCAAGCCAGCAAAGACGUAAAAGCCUUUGCCAAAAAAUACCGCACCGAAAUCUCCGCCUCGUCCUCCUCCGUCCUCUCCACCUUCCUCGCCUUUCCCCUGGACUUUGCCAAAUCUCGCAUGCAGAGCUAUGAGACGGGCUUCGUGCAUACCAUCAAAGAUGCGUACAAAGUGGAAGGACUGCGGGCGUUUUGGCGCGGCGUGUUACCCCCAAUGCUCAGCGUGACGUUGGUGCGGACCAUCUCGUUCAGUCUGUACCAGAGGACGAAAUACGCGCUGGACAAGACGUUCACGCAGAUGACGGGCCAGAGUCCGCUUGUCAUUGCCAAUGCGCCGGGCAGUUAUCCGACAUUCAGCACCGUGGCCUGCUUUGGGUUGAGUGGGGCGGUGGCAGGGGCUGUCAUCACGACCAUAUCAUGUCCCUUCGAAUUGACGAAGCUGAACGAGCAGCUCGCAGGGAAAGUAGCAAGAGAAGCAGCAUUGAGGAAUUCGAGCAAAUACAACCCAGCAGCCGACCUCAAGAGUGGAGGGUCAAUGGCCACGGCUAGGAGACUCGUGAGGGAUCGAGGCCUGCAGGGAUUGUAUGCUGGAUAUAGACUGCAUUUGCUGAGGGAUACCAUCGGCACAUCCAUCUACUUCAUCACGUACGAGAGCGCGAAGCAGCUGAUGGGGAAUGCGAGGGGCAAGAGCUCGACGAGUCCGUACGCGGUGGUGGUGGCGGGUGGGUUGUGUGGGAUUGUCAGUUGGGCUUGCAUCUACCCAGUUGACGUCGCCAAGACUGUCUACCAGAAAAAACUCCUCGCUGCGGGACCACAUGCAGCUUCGAGACCGGACAUCGAGUUCUUCAAAUCAACAUCGUAUAGAGGCCUAGGCGUUUCGGUGAUUCGAUCGUGCAUCAUCAACAUGAUUUUCUUCAGCAACUUUGAGCUCAUGAAGAAGCGCAUCAAUGCAUUGGAGGUGUGA